GACUUCUAGCUUGCAGAAAUUUGGUAUUCGGGACUUGAGAUCUUUAGGUCAGGCAAGUAGGACGUGAAGAGAUGGCAAUGAAGGCUGUUUGCGUGCUCAAAGGCACCGGUGAAGUUACCGGGACCGUAUUCUUUGAGCAGGAGGGUGCCGAUGGUCCAGUGAAGCUGAUUGGGGAGAUCUCUGGUCUGGCCCCAGGGGAACAUGGCUUCCACGUCCAUGCUUUUGGAGACAACACCAACGGCUGUAUGAGUGCCGGACCCCACUUCAACCCCCACAACAAGACCCACGGAGGACCCACUGAUGCUGUUCGGCACGUAGGGGACCUUGGCAACGUGACUGCAGGAGCUGACAAUGUGGCCAAGAUCAACAUCCAGGAUAAGAUGUUGACUCUCACUGGACCCGACUCGAUCAUCGGCAGGACCAUGGUGAUCCAUGAGAAGGCUGAUGAUCUGGGAAAAGGAGGCAACGAGGAGAGUCUGAAGACUGGCAACGCUGGCGGUCGGCAGGCCUGUGGAGUUAUUGGCAUUGCCCAGUAAACAGGACACACUCUCUUACUGGGAGCCCUGGAACACACUAGCCUCUGCUUGAAGACCACUGUAGCUACCGCCGACCCCCAUAGAAGGUUCUGUAAAAUACAUUUCUAGCCCCACUCCUACCUAGUCCUUUAUGACACCUCAUCUGACAGAACUGUGUCCCAAAUGACCCCCUAGUGUUUAUGUAGUGCACUACAUAUGGGUUAGGGUGCCAUAUGGGACAGACCCUGUGUUCUGAGGGCUUUGACUCGGACACACAGGUUGCAGGGGUGACCCAAAUGACUCCCUAUUUAGACAAGAGCCCUACGGCAGGUACAGACAUUCUGGUAGUAGUCGCCCCCCCCUGUGCACUCUGGUAAGCUAGGUGGAAAUUUCACCAUAUUGUUUGUACCUAUAAAAAUCAGAUCAAGUGCCCUACGAUGCAGUGGCUAGGGUUGUUUUGGGAUUUGGUUUCUAAUGACCGCAGAAUAUAAAGCGCUUAUUAAAAGUUCCCUAUCAACCGGUAUCUCUGUUGGUCCUGCUAAGACUUGUUGCUUCCUGUCUAUGUGUCAUAUUAUUCUGUUGUACGCUGUCCUAAAGUACAGGGGACAUUUUGGACACAUCCAUGUAUGUUCACUUUGAGUACCAAGCUGCCCCAAUAAAAUGCAUUGUCACUGGUGAAACUUUA